AUGAUUCCUCCGAGCAGCCACCGGGAGGACCUGGGGCACGAGCUGAAUAAAGAGAACCGGGGGGACAGCAGUGGCGAUCGACCUCCGUCCCCAGCAUCGACCCACAGCCAGGAAUCCAAGGGGCCUCUGCACAAAGACACCUUACAGACCUACGUGGCCUUGUACAAAUUUGUCCCCCAGGAGAAUGAAGACUUGGAAAUGAGGCCAGGAGAUGUGGUCACUGUCCUCGAAGACUCCAAUGAAGACUGGUGGAAGGGCAAAAUCCAAGACCGAACAGGGUUUUUUCCAGCCAACUUUGUCCAGCGAGUGCAGCCAGAUGAGAAGAUUUUCAGGUGUGUCCGGACCUUCAUUGGCUGCAAAGAACAGGGACAGAUCACGCUGAAGGAGAACCAGAUCUGCGUGACCUCCGAGGAGGGGCAGGACGGCUUCGUCAGGGUCUGCAGCGGCCGGAAGAAGGGCCUCGUGCCUCUGGACAGCCUCGAGAACAUCUGA